UAACUGCGAAGCCAUUUCCGUUAAGAUUCGAAGAUGGCUGCGCACAUAUGUAAACAUGCGACCUAAUCUGGAAGCUAGUGGUGUUCAAGUUAAACAGUUCUGUAUCAUGUAUUCAUCUAAGUGAUUCGUGUGAUAUCGAAUAGUUUGAGAGUAACCUUCAAUGCUGGAUUGUUAACAAAUUAGACAUCAGUUUGUGAAUUAUUACCGAGCCAGGCAGGCUAACAUUAGCAAGAUAACGUUAGCUAGGCAGUAGACAGCCAUGCCAGCGCAGACCAUAUUCGUUGGUUCUCUACCAGCUUCAGCUUCAAAUGAACGCUUAGAGGAAAUAUUCUCAGAAAUUGGACCGGUGAAGCAAUGCUUCGUGGUCAGAGAAAAGGGCGCAGAAAAAUGUCGGGGAUUUGGAUAUGUCACAUAUUCCAUGGAGGAAGAUGCACAGCGAGCCUUGAAAGAAAUAAAAGAAUACGACGGACAGAGACUUUCUCUGUCAGUGGCGAGGAAGAAAAUGAAAGACAAAAGGAAAACCGCACCUAAAGAGCCAGCUGCAGCACCAAAGGAAGACGAGCAGAAAUCCAAAGGCUUCAGGAAAAACACUUUGAAAGCUAGACUCAUCAUAAGGAACCUUAGUUUUAAGUGCUCAGAAGAUGAUCUGAAGCAGGUUUGUGUCAAGUUUGGAACAGUUCUUGAGGCCAAAAUCCCCCUCAAACCUGAUGGGAAGAUGCGAGGAUUUGCGUUUGUCCUUUUUAAAAAUGUGUCUGAGGCAGCAAGAGCGCUCAAUGCCUUGAACCUGAAGGAGAUAAAAGGUCGGCAGGUAGCAGUUGACUGGGCUGUGCCUAAGGACAAGUAUAUUGCCACACAGCCAUCCUCAAGUGCAGGAAAGAAGAAAACUGAGGAGGCAACUGCAAAAGAGUCAGACGCAGAGAGUGACACUGAAGAUGAGGAGGAAGAAAAGACACAAGCAGCACCUGAGAAGAAAAAAGUCACUUUGAAACCAGCUGUGCAGCAGGUGGAGGAGUCCCAAUCAGAAGAUGAAGAUGAUAGCGAGGAACAAGACAGUGAGGAGGAGGAGGAGGAUGAUGAAGAUGAAAAAGAUGAUGAUGUGUCCCAGGAGGAGGAAGAAGAUGAUGAUGAUAAGAGUAGCCUUGAUUCAAAUGGUGAUCAAGAUGAGAGUGAGGAUGAAAAGGAAGAUGAAGACAAUGAAGAAGAUGAACAGGCUCAAAAGAAGAAAACCUCAAAGAAACUUCUCCUUUCAGAUGUGAAAGAAGGCAGAACAAUUUUCAUCAGGAACCUGUCCUUUGACACGGAGGAAGAGGGUCUUGAGGAAAUUCUCCUAAAGUACGGCGAGCUUAACUACAUAAAGAUUGUUCUCCAUCCUGACACAGAACAUUCAAAAGGUUGUGCAUUUGCUCAGUUUAAGACUAAAGAGGCUGCAGACAGAUGCAUAGCUGCAGCACAGGAUGAGGCAGAGAAUGGUGGCAUUCGUGUAGAUGGCAGAAAGCUUUUCAUUGUGGCAGCAGUGAGCAGAGAGGAUGCUACCAAGCUGAAAGUGAACAAGGUGAAAGUAGAAACAGGCACCAGGAACCUGUACCUGGCCAGAGAGGGAUUGAUCCGCGCUGGGACCAAGGCUGCAGAGGGUGUGCCUGAAGCAGACAUGAUCAAAAGAACCAGAUUUGAAGAAAUAAAGAGGGCCAAGCUUCGGGACAUAAAAGUGUUUGUGUCAAAGACUCGUCUGUGUGUCCAUAACCUGCCCAAGUCAGUGGACAAUAAAAAACUCAAAGCACUCUGCCUCCAAGCAGUAAAAGGAAGCAAGGGAGUUCGCAUCACAGAGUGUCGGGUGAUGUAUGACAAGAAGCCAGAGAAGGGUCAGGUGAUGGGACAAUCGUUAGGUUAUGGCUUUGUCCAGUUCCAGGGCCAUGAACAUGCUCUCACCACACUUCGUUACCUUAACAACAACCCUGACAUCUUUGGCUCACACAAGAGACCCAUUGUUGAGUUCUCCUUGGAGGAUUCAAGGAAACUCAAAAUAAAAGAAUUGCGACAACAAAAAAACAAGGAGUUUUUCAGAAAUCAGCCUUUUAAAGGAGGAGCAACACCUCAGUCCCAGACAGCCGGAGAUAGAAAAGCACCUAGGAAAGGUGGAAAUCAAGCACAGUCCUCAUCAGAGCAGACAGGAAAGGAGAGAGCACCUCCUCAAUGCCAGAAGCAAGGCAGGCGCUAUUUUGGCUUCCAGACCAACCCUGAGGUCGAGCACAUAGAUUUGGAGAACGGAAAGAAACGGAGGAAGGUUCUACCUUUGCCUUCCCAUCGGGGACCUAAGAUCAGGAUGCGUGACAAAGGAAAGCAACAGGCCCCUCCACCCAAUAAAGCAAAGCCUGGAUCCAACAGGAAAGAGCGUCAAAGACGACAGAUGGGACAGAUGGAAAAGCCCACACAGCCUAGAAACCAGAAUGUUAAAAUGGCAAAGAAGCAUUUCAAGAGAAGGGAUGGAGACCGCUUUGACAGCCUGGUGGAGCAGUACAAGAAAAAACUAAUGGGGAACAGUGACAAGAACACCAACAUUAAAAGAAACAAGUGGUUUGACAAUUAAUUGUGUGUGUGUGUGAGAGAGAGAGAGAGAGAGAGAGAGAGAGAGAGAGAAAAUGUUUUGGAAUCUUAAGUGUUUAAGGCUACCACAAUAGAGGUCUUUUAUAUUCCACAUCCUGAGGUUUUGCUGUAAGUACAAUGGUUCUCAUAAAUGAGUUUUGUGUCAAAUUGUACAGUAUAUGAUGCCCAUGUGUGAACCUUUACUGUCACUUAACUUCAUUCAUCCUGUUCCUGAAUUUCUGUAAUCCAUGCUCAUGUUGUUUGUUUUUUACAACUAAAACAAACUGAAUAAUGUAAGGAUUGUGUUUUUGUGUACAUGCCUUUUUAUGAAAAUAUAACAAAACCCUUGAAUUUGUGUUUUAUUGUUAAUCUUUACAUUUUGGUAUUAAAUCCAUAUUUGUUGGA